AUGAUCUCAGAAAAGGCUGCCACAGCCCUGGCCACCAUAGGUACGGUGUGCUGGUGUGUGCAACUGAUUCCGCAGAUUAUCUUCAAUUACCGGCGUAAAGAUUGCGAGGGCUUGCCACCGCUGAUGAUGCUGAUGUGGGUUGCCAGCGGCAUCCCUUUUGCCAUAUAUUUUAUGGUCAUCAAGGGUAACAUCAUACUGCAGAUCCAACCUCACCUGUUCAUGCUGUUCUGCGGCGUCAGUUACGUGCAGUCGCUGUAUUAUCCACCCGUGCAAUGGGAAAGGCGCAAAAUUGUAGCAACGUUGCUGACACUAAUUGCCGUGGACGUGGGCAUGGAAAUCGGGUUCACCCUGUGGCUACGGCCGGUAUAUGCGCACGGAACGAAAUGGCCAGCAUUGAUUUUCGGGAUCAUAGCUUCCGUUCUUCUCGCUCUCGGGCUGAUCCCGCCCUAUCUCGAGCUUGCCAAACGCAAAGGACGUGUGGUGGGCAUCAAUUUCGUGUUUCUAGCAAUCGACUCCGCUGGAGCAUGGCUCUCGAUCGCCAGUGUAAUAGUGGGCAACAUGGAUAUUCUGAGCAUCGUUCUGUACGGGAUUGUAGCAGGCCUCGAACUCGGCAUAUUUGCUUCCCAUUUCAUAUGGUGCUGUCGUUUCAAGUGGUUCGGACGUGAGGCAGUGCCCACCGAUCCCGAAAAUCAGCCUCAAACCCUAGAAAAAACGAAAAGCUCCGGAGAGGAGUCUGUUCAUGAAACUUAUGAACUUGAAGACGAGCGAUAA